AUGCGCCUAUCCCACCCAAUCUGUCCUCCGGGCAUCAGCCCAGACGAACCAAAUGAUGGGACGGGCAAGAAUCCAGACGAAGAUCCAGAGGAGGAAGACCCCAACUCCGCGUACUUCUGCUUCCCCGGCGAUUUACCCCCACCUACCGGCAAAGCUUGCAACAACCACGGCGAGUGCGCUGGUACCUGCGGCGAUGGUCUACGUCCUUUUUGCGGGAGCACUGCCCUUUGCGACUGCCGUAUACCCCUCUCUAGCAAUCCUGCUGGACUUGAAGGAGGUAAAGGCGGCCUUGCUGGCGGCGGUCUUGAUGGCAACGGCGCCUGUGAAUAUCACGAUGAAGGCGAGGACUACGCCUGCUUUCAAGACGAGCAAGUCCCGACAUGCAACAAGGGACGUUGCAGUUGCGAGGCCCAGGUUUUCCACGGAGGCGCCAGUUGCAAAACUAUUCAGUUUUGCUACUACAAUGCUACUACCACUGGUUGUCUAAAGGGCUAUGGACUGGUUGGAGAAGUGUCCUGGCACCAAAACUAUAGUGGAAAUCCGCCUAUUACCGUCACACGGCAGUUUGAUCAAGCAUAUUACGGUUCGCCCUUGUUCCCGGGUGGCGAUAUUAGCGUCUUCAAGCAAUUCACUCAGCGGUUGGAUAUAUACACGGAGACCUUUACGGGACCUCACGCCAAGGCUGUGUACUACUACGGAGGUACUGAUGUCUCUACGGACUACAUUUACAAUGGAAAGACGUAUAAACUGUCCAUGUGCGGUCUUGAGCCUCGCAUUCCUGCGUCAGGCGACAGGGCUCGAGACUAUGGCUACGCGCCCCAAGAUUGGCCAGGCAAGGACCCGGGCCAGCAGUACAAGAUUACAUAG